GCAGGCAGGCGGGGAAGCGCAUCCUCAGAGAGAUCUGCUGGAGACAUGACCGUCAGAGGAACCUAAGCGCGUUCUUCGGAUCCGGUCAGAUGAUUCGACAACUUCAUGCGUUUUGUGUAAUUCUCCAAAGGACAUAAGACAAGACGCAGGCGUCGGCCCGUUCGGGAAAGGCACAAGCCGACAUCACCAGCCGCUGCAUAUCGUAUGAGGCGAGGUCACCGUCAGAGUACCGCGGUUCUUAUGAUCCCCUGUGCCUUGAUUCCAGUCUGAACUUUGACACACCUCAAAACCACCUUAGUAACCGCCACCAACCUCGAUCACCGCUUCACCCAGUACCAUUAUCGAUACCUCAGAGAGGAUGUGAAUAGGAGAAGGACUGAGGGUAGAAAACCCCAAUAAAUCCAAGAAAGAAAGGAACUGGGACCACAUGGAUGCUAUGGACUGACGGGUCAUCUGAUACCAGUUCACACCGGCUUUGCUUGGACGUUGACAAUGGUGUUGUUUCUGAUUGGGAUCUCUAUCGCUGUGAACAAUUCAUCACAUGAGAACCAAACUGCAGAAAACCCCACUCAUCAGGGUGCUCAUGUGCUACCAUCAACACUGGUCAUAUCCCUGCUUCUUAUCAUCGUCGUCCUGCUGACAAUCUACUGUCUGAGGUUCAAAAACCACAGAAAAGCUCUAGUUACCUCGGUGGAUAAAAAGAUUCCGAAUGGCUUCCUGGAGGAACAAGGAGAGCAGACAGUGGUCCUUCUCCCCAGAUCUCCCUCACCAUCCAAGAGGUACUUCCCCAUCCCUCUGGACUCACUGGAGGAGGAGUACCGGAUACGCUCUGCAGACGACGGCAAGCUUUUCAGAGAAGAGUUCAAUUCGCUGCCUUGUUACUACCACCACGGGUCCUUUGAGGAGGCGAGCAGAGAGCACAACAGAGAGAAAAACAGAUACCCAAACAUUUUACCAUAUGAUCAUUCAAGAGUGGUCUUGAGUCAUCUGGAUGGACAUCUGUGUUCUGAUUACAUAAAUGCAUCUUACAUAGAUGGUUUUAAAGAGAAGAACAAAUUCAUUGCAGCUCAAGGCCCAAAGCCUGAGACAAUGGCUGACUUCUGGCGGAUGAUUUGGGAGCAGAAAACAGCGACUAUAGUAAUGCUGACAAAUCUUAAAGAAAGGAAAGAGGAAAAAUGCUGCCAGUAUUGGCCAGAAAAAGGCUGCUGGAUGUACGGGAAUGUCAGGGUGGCAACGGAGGACGUCACCGUGCUGGUGGACUACACCAUCAGAAAAUUCUGUGUUCAGUAUCAGGGCAGCGAUGGUCCCCGAGCUCCCCGCCUGGUCACCCAGCUCCACUUCACCAGCUGGCCAGACUUCGGGGUGCCAUUCUCGCCCAUAGGCAUGCUGAAAUUCCUGAAGAAGGUCAAGGCUGUCAAUCCUUCCUAUGCUGGACCCAUUGUUGUGCACUGCAGUGCUGGGGUGGGGAGGACUGGGACAUUCAUUGUCAUUGACAGCAUGAUCGACAUGAUGCACAUGGAGCAGAGGGUGGAUGUCUUUGGCUUUGUGAGCAGAAUACGAGAACAGCGCUGUCAACUCAUCCAGACAGAUAUGCAGUACUCCUUUAUCUACCAGGCUCUGUUGGAGUACUAUCUGUAUGGAGACACAGAGCUAGAUGUGUGCUCUCUGGAGGGCCAUCUGCAGAGGCUUCACAACACCAGGGCUCCCCACGACAGGCUGGGCCUGGAGGAGGAGUUCAGGAAGCUGACCAAUGUUCGCAUAAUGAAGGAGAACAUGAGAACUGGGAACCUCCCUGCCAACAUGAAGAAGAACCGUGUGCUUCAGAUCAUUCCUUAUGAUUUCAACCGAGUAAUACUCUCUGUGAAAAGAGGACAGGAGUUCACCGACUACAUCAAUGCCUCCUUUAUUGAUGGCUACAGGCAGAAGGACUAUUUUAUCGCAACCCAGGGCCCCCUGUCUCACACAGUGGAGGACUUCUGGAGGAUGGUGUGGGAGUGGAGGUGCCAUUCAAUCGUUAUGCUCACCGAACUCAAAGAGAGGGAGCAGGAAAAGUGUUUCCAGUAUUGGCCAUCAGAGGGCAGUGUAACAUUUGGAGAUUAUACUGUGGAGCUGACUGGCGAUACAUUGUGUGAAACCUUCACUCUCAAAGACAUGGUCCUCACCUACAGACCAGAAAAGCAGUCACAACACGUCCGACACUUCCACUUCCACGGAUGGCCUGAGAUUGGAAUACCAGCCGAGGGAAGAGGUAUGAUUGACAUUAUUGCCGCUGUGCAGAGGCAGCAGCAGCAGUCUGGAAACCGUCCCAUAGUUGUGCACUGCAGUGCUGGUGCGGGUCGGACUGGUACCUUCAUUGCCCUCAGUAACAUUCUGGAGAGGGUGAAAGCUGAAGGCCUCCUGGAUGUUUUUCAGACAGUCAAGAGUUUACGCAUGCAGAGACCACACAUGGUUCAGACUGUGGAGCAAUAUGACUUCUGCUACAGAGUGGUUCAGGAUUUUGUUGACAUUUUCUCAGACUACGCCAAUUUUAAAUAAUACCUGUCAGAUACUUUUCUGCAUACUUUAGUCAAAUAAACUUAUGCAAUUUUUUUCUGAAUGUUGUUUUCUAAAGCAAGCUCUUUUUACAUUUUACACAGAUCUAGAAAUUGUUGUAUCAUACUGUAAUAUACUUGAGAACAUCUGUGGUCCAGGAGUCUCUUUCACUCUCUUUCAGGAAUGUUUGAUCUUCAAAAAUCAUCAUGUAAAAUACAGAAAAUAAUAAUUUUAUGUUGCAAAUGCAACAAUGCCAAUAAAAGUGUUUAAGAGGAAAUAUUCAAUAUUCAAUAAUUCUGUAAUUCUAUACCAAUUACAUAUUUAUAUAUAUAUAUAUAUAUAUAUAUAUACACAGUGUGGCCCAAAAGUGUGAGACCACUUUCCCAUUCAAGUGUGUGGGAAAGUGGUUGAACUGGGGAAAGAUGAGUUGAAGUGGACCCCACUGUCUAUAGUAUGUAUUACAUGCAACCUGAAAUGCAUCACUAAUGUGUUGAGAGUUUAUACAUUAGUUCAUUGUUGCUGACCACAAUGCCUUUGGUUACAUUAUUCUUGUAUUUAAUGCCCCCCAUUCAUUCAUACAUACAUGUUUGAUUGCUAUGAGGAGAGUAAAUUGUGUUUGAUGCAUAGGAUAAAAUAAUUAAUGCUUUUGCAAAAGAAUCUCCAGUCUCUGACGUGUGUGAAUAUUUAUGAUUUACUUUUAGCUCAAAUAAAAACAUAAAACUAAAGAUACAUUUCAUUCUGUUAGACGCCACAAAUUACCUCACUUCUGUCUGUGAAUAACUUAACAGCUGCUGCCUGUUGCAAUUUUAUUCAACUUCACCAACUUUCUUUUUUGCCUGUGGCAAUAUUACUUAGUGGAUUGGCGCCUGACGCUGCAAAAUGCAAUUAGCCCACAUUGGAACAGGCAGAAAAUAAUGUAUUAUUACAUGAAUCAAACUUAUCAUUCUUACAGUUUUUUUUGCAGUAAAGUAUCACAUCUUGCUUUCAAAAAAAAACAAAAAAAAAAACUUAACAAGCCAACUGCACUGCAUGUUUGCAUAAAGGAGUGCCAUAUUGAUUAGAAAACAGUUCUAAUCAUGAAAAACUUGUCACCAAGUGACACAAUUUUAAUAAAGACAAGCCAGAUGUUUAUGUUUAAUUUAGAAAUAAUAGAUACGUUUUUAAAAGUGUAUUGUUUUUGAAUGGUGGUCUCACAUAUGGAUCGUCAUUUCAUUGUUUGUACAAACACUUCUCAGAAUAUUAUAUAAGUUUAACAAAUGUACCAUAAUUUUAGUUAGUUUGCAAAUCAGUGUGUAAGAAAUCAAGAAGAAUAAAUGUGUGGAAAUUUGGGUUUAAAUUAAGUAGUUGAUAACUUAUGCAGCCGAACCUUGUUCGUCCCCAGGGACUGAGAUGAAAAAUGUCUGGGACAGUGAAAAGCACUGAUAUCAAGAACCAGUGCUCAGCCAAAAUAUGAAAUAUGCAUGCACAGGCAUUUGGACAUGUUUUUACUAUGAUAGUUAGUCUUAGUUUCAUAUUUAAACAAGGAAAAUCCAACAUUGCUGCAAUAUCAAAAGCAUAUAUUUUUGCAAGGCUUCAGCUUACGUCUUUGUAGAACAGUAAGCUUGGAAGUCUUAAGUUUGGGUGAAUAGCUUUCUACUGUGUUUAUACUGCCAUAAUUAUAAAGUCAUAGGAUGGGUUUAUAUAAGAUACACUGGUCAUUUUGGGUUAUUUAGUGUACAUAAAUUCUUGUUGUGGUCAUUAAUUGUCACUAACAUUUACUGCAUUGUUGGCUUCUUUUUAAUGUAUUGUCAUGCUGGGAGAAUAAGACAUAGGGAUAUUGACAGUGAGGCCUUGCAGCUGAUGUAACAUACAAGCAUCUUAUUUCAGUGAUGUUUCUGCCUUUCGAAUCUGUAUGGAUUUGAACUACUAUUUGUUUGGUAAAAGCUAAUACCAAUAAAUUAUAGAUGGAGAGAAACGCCAGAUUUCAUUCUUAAUCUUGUCUUUUUGUCCACCUGCACACAGAUGUAUUCCAUACAAAGAUUAUUUUUGACAUGAUGUUUCAUGCUGUUUGAACCCUCA